GGAAAGCUAGUUUUAGACAACUGGCUAAUCGUAGCCAAAAGGAUAACUGCGACUCUGUUUGUUAGUUAAUGUAUUUAGCUACAGUAUUAACAAAAUUCCCAUCCAGCACAUAAACAGCAAGGGGAGGGAAAUUUACCGAAAGUGGCAGAGUAGAGAUGGAAGGAGACGACUGCAGUUUUCCUCCAGAUUCAUCAGACGAUCACUCGCAAAGAGGAAGUGUUGCGUCUUCUGCGACACUCUCACGAGCUCAAGAUGUGCUUAUAUACCUCUGUGGUGACAGCGCGGUACACUUAACAGUAGAAGGGCUCGGCAGCGUCACCGUGCAGGAGUUGGGCCGCAGUGUUCGUGAAGCUCUUCAUAUUCCUGAUUCUGCACAGGAUGCUUUUGCCUUCUGGCUUUGCUCUCCGCUACUUGAAUUGCAGCUGAAGGCGCGGCAUCAACCAUACAAACUGUGCCGGCAGUGGCAGGACUUGCUGUAUCGCUUCACCGAGGCCUCAGAGGAAGACAUUGGUCAAGAUGAACCGUGUCUCCAGUACCGUCGCAACGUGUUUUAUCCGAAAUCUAAAGAGCUGCAGAUCGAUGACGAGGGCGUGCUGAGGCUUCUGUACGAGGAAGCCAGAGACAACAUUCUCACAGGUCGAUACCCCUGCGAUCCCGAGCACUGGACGGGUCUGGGAGCCUUGUCUCUAGCUCUUGAGGAGGGAACUGGUCUUGACGGGCAACAAUUUACUACAACAGUAAGGGAGAAGAAACUGACUUCUUUUCUGCCCGCACACGUUGUCAUGGGGAGCGGCGGCCUGCUCUCCACUCUGAGAGGGAAGUCGAGCCGCCAUGCAGGGCUGGAGCAGAGCCUCCUGGAGGAGUACAGAAAGAUCAGCACAUCUGCUGGAAACUCUCCUGAGCCCACACAGCUCCUACACCAGUACCUCAGCACAUGUCACAUGCUGCCUUAUUAUGGGUGCGCUUUCUUCUUCGGGGAGAUCGACAAACCAGUGCAAGGGAUUCUGCAAAGGGCCAAACGCAAACCUGUCAACGUUGGGAUCUGCCUGGAGGGAGUUUAUGUGAUGGAUGUCAAAGAGAAGCACGUGCUGCUCGGCCUGCACUUCAACGAGCUUUCGUGGGACCACAGCUACCCCGAGGAUCAGGGGGACUCACACAUUCUGUGGCUGGAGUUUGAUGGAGAUGAAGACGGCACUCCUGUCAACAAGUUGCUAAAGAUCUACUCUAAACAGGCGGAGCUAAUGAGCGGCUUCAUUGAGUUCUGUGUGGAACUGAAGUCUGCGUCUGAGGGAGGAGCCGCAGCUGAGACAGACAGCGAGGCGUCUCAGCAGCCUGCCGGACGAGACGGCAGCAACAAGAACGGACGUGGAGGACGGCGCGGGAUGCUGCAGAGGCAGAGCAGUGUUGUGUGCAGUCGCGUCCAUUCGCUGAACACUAUCAGCUAUGUGGACAAUGGAAAAGAAAUCAAACGCUUGAAGCCGAAGAGAGCGGCGUCCUUCUUCACCCGGCAGGCGUCUGCGACCACGUACUCUGCUGUGCAGGUGACGGACAGUCUGGAGCAGGGUUAAACUCGCCCAUCAACCGCGCCUCUCUCUCUCUCGAAGACCAAACCUGAACAUUUUACACUGAGAUUUAAAGACUUGACACAAGCUUGAGACAUUAACCUGGUAAUAUAUAAAGAUGCAAAGGACCAAGCGAGGGAUCUAAGCGUGAGUGACAAUAUUUAUCUUUUGAAGUUGUGUAUAUUAAGAGAGUACAGUAAUGUGAAAAACAAAGUGAUCUAUUAAGAGAUAUGCUUCCGAGGUUAAACUGAAGUGGCUGUUCGUUAGAUGGCCUUGCAUAGAGAAAUAUAUCAUUCUGUGAGCACCACAUAAUGGACCGCCUUCAUGAGACAAGCCUUACAAAAGUCCUCAGACAUCGACUCCAGUUGAUGACUUUACGAUAUCUCUUUCCGCAGCGCUCUGGUGCUGCAUUUACUGUUUAUAGUCAAAACCUCAUGAGAAUAUAACCACUGCAUUACCUCUUAUUUACUCCCUCGUAAUAUUUUGUAAGAGUCGCCACAAACAGUCAGCAUGACAAACACUUUUAGGGGACGAUGUGAGGGCGUGUUCCCGCUACUCAAACUGCCAGUGCCUUGUUCUCAUCAAAGGGUGAAGACACGUUAGAGAAGUCCUGGUGGAAACGUUUAGCGGUCGAUCACAAAGAGUCCGUAUGGGAGCAUGUUAUCUGUGUUGUGGGAGUUUCUUGUAAGUACAUGCUUUUAAGAGUUGGACACAAUGUUAUAUUUGGUGAUAUUUGCAGCUGGUUAGCUUGAAUUUAGUGUAAACAUGGAAGAAAAACAGGACAGAAUUUUACAGCAUGCAGUUACUGAAAAGUACACAUUUAUAUUAUCAAUUAAAGAAUCGCAUCAGAGUCAAAAA